AUGGUGCUCAUCCAUACCCUGGUGUGUGUCGCGUUAGCGACCGGUGCAUUAGCUGCCAGCAGCUGGGACGAAUUUUCCAACAAUUUUGCGACAGACCUCGCACCCAUCCUACAGCUCUUCGGGGAUCAAGCUACUAAACAAUACCUCGCCGAGAGCACGUGCAUUCUUGACUGCGUCAUUUUCGCCAUGGCCCCUUUGGGAAUUUUGACCGCCGUGGUAUCCGUUAUUCGAGUAUGUGGCCAACCCUUCCUCAGGGCAUUUAUCGGUCGUGCGCAGGAAGGAUCAGGAAUUGCAGAGUUAGAAUUAUGCUCAUCAACAGGGAGGGAUAUCGCGGAGCUCUACCAGGGAGGCGCUAUCACACGGGUCUUUGGACGAGCCAAGAUUUUGGAAUUCAUUCACGUUCCGCAGUAUGAAACACGUUACUCGAACCUAGACCAGGCUGCGACGGCAGGUAUAUACACUUUCGUCCAGUUUUUGGCAGAGAGGAAAGGUCGGAGUGGAUGGAGAUCGUCCAAACCCGGAAGUACAGAGGACCAAUGGAGUGGAUAUACAGUCAAUCCCAACCUCAUGUUGAACGUUGGCUUGCGAAGACCCACCCAACAGCUGUUAAUUUUCACAGCCGUGCUCGGAGUCCUGUUACAAGCAUCCAUGUUAGGAUUCGCCGUAUGGAUCACUCACGUCAAGAAACUGCAAGAAACUGAUGUAUUGCCACCACCAUGGGCCCUCCCAAUGACUGCCAUUGGUACAACCCUGCUAUGUGCAGGAAUGUUCAUGUGCUCGCAUUUGAUCGAACGAAGUACCAAGGAGCGCACGUUUGACAGAGCGCUGUUCAAUGAUUCGGAAUCGGGGGAAACUCACACCAUGUAUUGGGUUCAGCCUGGUGACCAAGUGAUAGGCGACCAAACAUUCGACUCAUUCGCCUAUAGCGACAAAGGAAGACCGCUUUCCCACUAUACCACUUCCUGGAGGAGACCUGUUAAGCCAUGGGAACGUAAGAUGGCAUUGGUAGCUACCGUCGUGACCAUGGCUGGGUUCAUACUUCAGUUCAUUGGUCUGCGCGGCGUUCACUCUGCUGUAUCAGUGUAUCAAAUAGUUGCGGUUCUGAUCAUGAGCAUAGUACGCGCAUCACUCAGAACGAAGCGAAUUGAUACACAGGAUAACUUG